AUGGGGGUCCCUGUGAUAGCACGGCGUUCAGAGGAUCACGACGAAAAAGACUACACUGAGUCGUACGACAGCAGAGACAGCUUGUUGGAAAACUCAACGGAGCUCGGGUCGAUUGCGAAAUCAAAUUCAGCCAUCAAGCUCGCACAUAGAUGGCAAUCAAGCUCGGUCGUAAUAGGUCUCUGUGCCAGCAAUCUCGUACUGCUUUUAAUAUCUGUCAUCUUGGGUGCCAGGCUCUAUUCUGUCGGUGACUGCAAGGAUCCGUCAUUGAGUGUUUGGUCGCCUGCCAACAAUGCAGUCGAGUAUCACGAAGAACAUUUCGUAGCAGCUUUGGCAAAUGGUACAGAAUAUAUGGGAUUUCCAGAUGACGAGAUCGAUAAACGUUGGUCUGAUCUUUACGAUUUUGGUAUAUCCGUCAUCUCGGAAGAAGAGGCAAAGAAACUCCCCAACCCGACAAUACCUAUCCCAGGAACCAAGGAUUACUUAGUUGAGCUAGAUGUUUGGCACUCGCUUCACUGCCUCAACGAUUUGAGGAAGCUUCUUUACCCAGAGCGAUUCCAGAUGCUGGAAAGAUUGAUGACUAAGAACGGCACCAUUGAUCGCAACUCAUUCAAUUUCCGUCACUGGGAUCAUUGCGUUGACGCCCUCCGCCAAACUCUAAUGUGUCAAUCGGACGUUGCACCUGUGUCGUUCCACGUCAACAUUCCUUUCAACCGGGGCAUAUUCCCACGAUUAGCGACAACACAUACCUGUCGGAACUUUAGCAAAGUUCAAGAAUGGGCAAAGGAACACAGAGCGCCAAAGUUUGAGUUUAUGAUUUCUGACCCGGAGAAGCUACAGCAAAUCAUGGAUGAAUCUGGCUUCGAUCACUCUCCAGAAGAGAACAUGGAGGGGCUUUACUGGAUGUUCCCAGGAAACAAGUAUUUCAAACAUUGGCGAGAUCAUCCUAUGGAGGAGCAAAAGUCCGUGGGGUCUACGUAA